AUGGGAGAGAAUCUUCCUCAACCAUUGUUAAGAGACUAUGACCACCCCAACGCAUUCCAACUUCGGAGUGGCAUACGUCUUCCCACCACAAAUGCAAACAACUUUGAGCUUUCACCACAACUCAUCCGUAUGAUUCAAAGCGAUCAAUUCGGAGGUAGUCCUCAUGAGUGUCCUUUUGCUCAUUUGGACAACUUUCUUGAUUUGUGUACAACCAUCAAGCAAAACAACAUUUCGGAAGAGUUCAUCCGUAUGCACAUGUUUCAAUUCUCCCUCCGUAAUAAAGCAAAACAUUGGUUGAGAACGGUUGAAGAGGGAUCAUUGAGUACAUGGGACGGGGUCACUAGAGCCUUUCUUGGAAAGUAUUGUCCUCCGGAAAAGACCACCGAAUUAAGAAGAAAGAUCACCAAUUUCAAUCAAGACAUUAAUGAAACAUUGAGUGAAUCUUGGGAGCAUUUCAAAGAUUACACAAGGAAAUGCCCCCACCAUGGUUUUACAUCAUGGAUCAUUGUACAAAGCUUCUAUGACGGUCUUACUCCUAUUUCAAGGGCCAACCUUGAUUCCGGGGCCGGUGGUACCCUCAAAAAGCUGUCGGUGGAUGAUGCAUAUAAGAUGAUUGAAGAAGUGGCCAAACAUUAUGCAUGUGGAGGUGAUCGAAGGCAACCUCAAACAAAGAAGGGCGGAAUUCAUGAUCUUAGUGCAAUAGAUCUUAUUGCAUCAAAGUUUGAUAUGCUAGCUCACAAGUUAGAUCAAGCCACCCUCACACCCUCAAGCUCUUCCUCACAAGUCAUGUCUUGUGAGACUUGUGGAGGAAAUGAUCACUUGUCCUCUUAUUGCAACUCAACGAAUCAAGAGCAAGCGGCGGCAAUUGGGCAAAGGAAUGAACAAUACUCCCAAUCCCACAAUCAAAGUUGGAAGCCCCAACAAAACACGGGAUGGAAGCAAUACAACCAAGGCCCCCCACAAAAUAACUACAACCAAAAUCAAACCCAACCUCAAAACCACUACAACCAACCUCAUUCUCAAAACCAACAAGCUCCAUACCGCCAUCCCAACCAAAGGGAUCAAAACCACCAAAGAUCACAAUAUAACCAACCCGCUCCUCCUCCUCCACCUCCUCAAAAGACUAGCCUUGAGUUCGUUCUUGAAACUUUCAUGACUCAACACAUAAGGAACAAUGCGGAUAUGAAUGCAAACAUCCAACAACUCCAAGCACAUAAUAAGAUAAUGGAGAGCCAAUUGGCUCAAAUUGCACAACAAGUUGGAAGUUCAUCCUCCAAUCCUAGUGGUCACUUUCCAAGCUCAACAGUAGUGAACCCAAAGGAGCAAGCUAAGGCUAUCACUUUGAGAUCGGGAAGGGGUUAUGAGGGCCCAGUUAUGAGUGAAGAGGAGCCACAAAAGAGAGAUGAGGGAGUUGUGGUGAGAAGUGAGGAUGAUUUUGAAAAUGAAGUAGUUGAAGUUGAGAGAAAAGAGCAAAAGAGUGAUGAGGGAGCCACAAAGAAAGAUGAGGGAGAUGAAGAAAGAAUAGAAAAGCCCCCUAUGAGAGUAUAUAAGCCCCCCCAUUCCGUUUCCUCAUAG